CCAUGAUCCGCCACUGGUCUUGUUUGGAAUUGCUCAUUUUGUUUGUACCACCAUCUGAUGCUUGUCAAUUUAAGCUUGGCAUACUUUUGCUUACCUGCCGACCUCUAUUAGUGAAGAAUUCUGUAAAGCUACCGACACAGCUACCGAUCAAUGUAUGCCGCGCAUAAUACUAUGACUAAAUAGGAUGUCAACUGUCAAAAAUCACCAACCUGUCAAGAUUCUGCAACGGGGCUAGUCGCAUUGCGGAUUGUUUGAAAAAAUCUUCAAUCAGAAACUUAAAUGUCGAGGUUGUGAAGAGAGGCUGCGCGAUGCCCCAUCGAACUAAGAUAGACGACGACUCCAUACCAAAGCAUCCUCCACAUUACCUGCAUGAAUUGCCCCAGGAAGAUGAAGAACGCCUUGAGAAACUAUUCUCCCUUCUGGACAAGAACGGCAACGGCAGGAUCGACAUACACGACCUGUCUGCAGCCCUUAGGGAGCACGGGGUACACCAUGGAUAUGCUGAGAAAUUUAUGAAAAGUACUCAGAGCAUAACCGGUGAGCUGUCCCUUGCUGAUUUCAUCUACUAUGUUAGGGAACACGAAAAAAACUUGAGGCUGCAUUUUUCACAUCUUGACAAAAACAAAGAUGGAAAAAUUGAUCUGGAGGAGCUUAUCCGGGCAUUUAGUGAUCUGGGGAUACCGCUGGAAAGGGGCGAGGCAACGAAUUUAUUACAGAGAAUGGAUCAAGAUGGCAGCCUAAACAUCAGCUACGAUGAAUGGCGAGACUUCCUGUUGUUGGCGCCCAGCAACAAUAUACAGGAUCUUAUCACGUACUGGAGACAUUCUACGUACCUGGACAUCGGGGAGGAUAUGAACGUUCCCGAUGACUUCACACAGAGUGAAAUGCAAACGGGAAUGUGGUGGCGUCAUCUAGCUGCGGGAGGAAUUGCCGGAGCUGUAUCCAGGACUUGCACUGCACCUCUUGAUAGGCUCAAAGUUUUUUUACAGGUACAACCCAGUAAGCAAAAAAUCAAGGACUGUUUCAUACAUAUGGUUAAAGAAGGCGGUGUCACAGGAUUGUGGCGAGGCAACGGCAUCAAUGUACUGAAGAUAGCUCCUGAAUCUGCCCUGAAGUUUGCCGCUUACGAGCAGGUGAAGAGGCUAAUCAAGGGCGAUUCGAAAAAUCAACUCGCUAUUUAUGAAAGGUUUAUGGCGGGUGCUUUGGCAGGCGCUAUUAGCCAAACAGCAAUUUAUCCAAUGGAGGUGCUGAAAACUAGAUUAGCAUUAAGGAAAACUGGCCAGUACAAAAGCAUAGCAGAUGCUGCGUAUAAAAUAUACGUAACAGAAGGACUGAUGAGCUUCUAUAGGGGCUACAUUCCGAAUAUUUUAGGUAUUGUACCAUAUGCUGGUAUUGAUUUGGCUGUUUAUGAAACAUUGAAGAAAAAAUACAUAACCUCGCACUCCUCAAACGAACAGCCUAGCUUUUGGACGUUACUGGCCUGUGGUAGCGUUAGUAGUACCUUGGGACAGAUGUGCUCAUAUCCAUUGGCUUUAGUUAGGACCAGGUUGCAAGCCCAAGUCAUCCACCCGACGAUAGACCCGUCGUCGACGACGAUGAGCGGUAUGUUCCGCACCAUCAUCGAGAAGGAGGGACUGCUGGGACUGUACCGCGGCAUCACGCCCAACUUCGUCAAGGUCAUACCGGCGGUUAGUAUCAGCUACGUGGUGUACGAGUACAGCAGCCGACUACUGGGCGUCAACAUGACGUGAUGGCUGUUCGCGAGAUGGUGCUUAGUGAUGAUGAAUUCAAAUGGUGACCGUCAGAUGGCGGUGACGGCAGCAGGCCGGGGACCAUGGAUGCCCGCCAGGCCGACUCCUUGCGUUGUUGCUUGAGAUGUAAACGCUGAUCGAUCGGGGUUGACGCAUGAACCAAUUGAAACUGCGCAUAAGAAGGUGGGGAGGGAUUCACAAUUUGCUUAUUAAUACCCGCAAUGUUUACAGAGAACAAGAACAUAAAAAAAUUAGAUAAUCACUGGAUUCAACGAGUCCAACGGCUCAUUGAUUCUAAAAAUGUGUUGAUACACUUGAAAUACAAUUUGAGCCACACCUUUAGUUCUCUAAUUUACAACUAAUUUUCAAUCCUGGAAUAGCCAUUCCCUCCUAUUUGCACCCGAACAAUUUUUUUCAGAAUACCUCGAGGUUAAUGUAAAAAUAGAGUGCAGUAGUAGUAACUUCAAUAUUUUAGUUUAAGACAUUCAUGAAGUACGAGUGAGACUAUUCCAAAAACGUAGACCUAAACUCAACGUCUUUUCCUCUUACAGUUAUAUAAACGAUUUCUGUGAAUAUGGGUGCAAAAAUUAUAAGGUAACUGGAAAAAAAUAUUGAGCGACCGUAAAAGAAUUGACUCUUUUGGAUACAUCACACUUUAAAUGAGAUAAUGAAUGUCAGUUUGUUCAUGUUACUGUUACUGCAAACAAAUUUGAAAUAUACGGUUGUAAUUUUAUCUUUAAGUUGAAAAUUCCUGUUGAACUGACAUCUUACUUAUGCAGGAUUGAAAAGUGGACGAUUCCGUAUUUUUGAGAGAGUACGUUCACGUUUAAUUUUCAAAUAUCUACGUAGGAUGUGCAGUGUUGACAUAGUAAAAAAUGAAAUAUGUCUUUAAUGCGUGUACAAUUUGCUGUGAAAUUCUCUCCACUGUUUGUCUAAAUGUGUUGGAAGUGACUCAUUACUAUUCAACUGAAUGCUCAUUCCAUGCCCUUGGUAGGGUUUGAAAGUAUUGAUUGCGUUCAGUUUCAUCAUCCAAACUAUUGAACAUUUGUCGCUGAAAGAGCAAAUUAUUGAUACAUCUGUUGUCAUUUACUGAUCUUCAGUGUUUUGAAAAGAUAUUAUCCAACUAGGAAUAUUGUAGCAAGCAACGACUUAACGCUGUUUUAGAUGUUUCAGGCGUCUCCCCAGACUGAACAGUGAUGUUAGUUAAAUUUAUUUAUUUGUACAGAUGUAGGCUUAAAAUAUAGAUCUGCCCGAGAGCGUUGAUUCGAUGACAUUUCUGGUUGCCCAACAAGGUCUGAUUUUUACCAUGUAUCAGAAUUUAGUUAAGGUCAAGUUCAUGCACAAGAAAAUUGUUUUAAUGCUUGUCUUGCUUCAAAAGGAAUUCAGUGUGAAGCUUUUCCACAUUAAAGAUAUCGCAUAUAAACUUGUGCUUGAAAGUUGAUCAUCCGCAAAGUGAUUGUUACCGUGCAUUUUUAAUUUCUUUUAAGUUUAAUUAUUGUGAUAAGUGUCGAUUCUUCAGCUCUUCCAGUUAACAGAUUCCACUUUAAAUUGAAGGUAAAUGUGAUUUUGACCAGAGCCAGAGAUGUCGAAUUUUGUUUCUUGUUUGAAUAAGGGUUGCAAGAAUAUGCUACCUUCCGAGCCCAAUAGAAAAUAUUUUUUCAAUAAAUUUGAGAUAUUUUUGACCAAAUUCCCGAAAAUUGGAAAUGCGAAGAAUCAACAUGGUAAGCUUCAAAUCCAGUAUUAACUUAGGAAGCAUGCAGAUAGUAAAGAGAUUUUGAAACAAUAAAUUGUUUGAAUCUUAUGGGUUAUGUGCUAUUUAUUGAUAUUUUAUGUUUCAUGGACCACAAAUGUCAUUUCUGAUUAUAUUUCCCUUUUGAAUGUUUGACAAAACUGCUUUUAAAAAGGCACUAGUUAAUUUAUUCAAAUUCUACACCUAUAAUCUCGAUGUUGUUUUUAAAAAUUUUGAGAGAAAUAUAUUCCCCAGCGUGAAUUUUGAGAAAUUCAUGGCUUUAAUAUUUACUAAGUAAAUAUAUUGUGAAAUCUAAGGAAAAUGUGAUGUACUUAAUAUUUUAAUAAUGCGGUAUUGAUUAUACUGUAGCAGUGUAUUUAUAAAAUAAAUAAAAAAUAUCAACAAUU